GCAGGUAGGUGCUUUGCUUUAUGUUCGGGUUGCUAAAGCAAACCCUGGAAUGAAUCCUGAGCUGUCAUGCACUGAUGCCAGUGGGAAAGCUGGAGAGUUUGGUGCCCUAAAAGAAGGCUAUAUGUUUGAGUGUUCAACUGGUCUCUCAAGAAUGGUUCUCAGCACACCCACAUGUCCGGUACUUGAUACUUUUGGGAAGAAACUCUCGUUCGAGAUAGCAGUUGGCUUAAAUGGACGUGUUUCGGUCAAUGCCUCAUCUCCAUCUACAACUAUCAUCAUAGCUAAUGCACUUAUAAACUCAGAGGCAUUGAGUGGUGUCCAACAGAAAAUAAUGGCCGAAAAACUGGUGGAGAGGGUCCAGUGAUCAAGUUAGUUGGCGAUCGCCGAUCACUGUCUAUGAGACUACAACAACUAGCUAAGUGCACACAUAAUUUCAACACCUCUAUGUUUGAUGCAAGUUACAUGGAAUUUAGAUAAAAUGAUGAGAUGUUUUUUGUAACUAGGAGUACAAAUUUCUGGUUAUAUCAUUAUCUCCAGAAGAUAGUUGAUAGGAAAUCAGUCCUUAUCUUUGUUAUUUAUGUUGUUCAUUUAUAGAAAUACCGUACUUGCAAUAUUCGUCUAAUUUAUAAAGCUGA